AUGUUUUUGAAACAGAUUAUAAUUCUACUAUAGGAGUAGAAUUUAUAAGCAAAAAGGUUGAAUAUAAUAGUAAAGAAGAGCUAACAUUUUAAAUAUGGGACACAUCAGGAUAGGAGUCGUUUAAAUCAGUAAUAAAAGGAUUAUAUAAUAAUUCAAGUGCUAUUAUAAUAGUAUUCGAUAUUACAAAUUAAAUUACAUUUAAUAAAUUAAAUGAUUGGUUAAAUCAUAUAAAAGAUUAUAAUUUAAUAGAAGAAUAAAUAAUAAUAAUAGUUGGAAACAAAAGUGAUUUAUCAGAAUAAAUUUUAAGAAAGUCAUGUUUAAUAAUUUUUAAUUUAAUAAAAUCUUAAUUAUAAAUAUUUUGAAGUUUCGGCAAAAACAGGGUAUAAUAUUGAGAAUGUAUAUAUAAAAAUAAUGAUAUAUUUAAUUGUUUUAUAAAAACAGCUAUUUAACUAUAUAAAAGAUUAAUUAAAAGAAAAAUAUUUAAAUAAUAAAAAUAUAAAUAUUUAAUCAGUAAUUUAGUCUAAAGAUUAUGUACUUGAAUCAAAAAAUAUAAAUUGUAAUGAAUUUAAAUAAGAUUAGGAAGAUUAAAAAGAUUAGUAGUUAGAAUAACCUUUAAUAUAUGAAUAGGAAAAUAAUAAAUAAAAAACGAAAUGUAAAUGUACAUUAAUUUGA